AUGAUACAAAUGAUCAACGCCAAGGUUGGUACGGUCAGAUCGUACAGGGGUGUUACACUGGGGAGUGCUAUCACAGUCGACCCUAACACACCGCUAGCAGUGGACGGAGGUACAGCUGAACUAGAGCUGACGAAUGUGGCCAAGAGAGUGUUGGUAGGUGGCGGGGAUGUUGUCCUUGGAAUGAUAGGUAAUGCUACUACAGUCACGGUGACAGGCGGUGGGUUGACCCUACAACAGACAGGAGACACAUUCUUGUUUGCAAUGAAUGGGGGCACAGCUUCUAUGGCUCAGAUAGGAACCAUCAACAAACUGCGUGUAAAUGGAGGGUCGGUGGAGUUUGGCACGGAUCAAACCACAAUCGAGGAUGCGUCUGCCAAUGAUGGCGAGAUUAUCAACAGUGGCAACUCGGCCAUACUGAGAUACUUUGGUGACGCUGAAUUGUGUGCUCUCAACUGUCCACAAUCGGCUUAAAGUACCAAAGCUUGAGAUGAAGCUCAUGCACUACACGGACAAUACAAAUGUCUUUUUCCCAGUAUACAACCGUAGGUUUGU